AUGUAUUUGCCGUUUAUCGCUUCUACUGUCCAUUUGAAACUGGUGUAUCAGAUUAACAGUGACAAAAUGCAAUAUGAGACUUCCUCAACACUGUUAUUGAUUUGGACUAGAGGAAUACAGAGAGUGUUUGUUGAUGGUCAUUAUAGUAGUGAGUUCAUAAAUGUUAUUUCCGGGGUGCCUAAAGGUGGUGUUCGUGGUCUUAUAUUCUUCCAGUUAUUCAUUCGUAUCGAUAUGGACAAGAACCGUAUAGUGGCAGAUGAUUGCCCCUUGGAUACGCCCUGGGGAGCAGGCAACUUCAGUGACUCCGAUUGCGAUGACCGAGAUCCAUUCCAUUGCAAUGGCCUAGGAACCUGUGUAUGUGGACAAUGUAUAUGUAACCAAAGGGCUGACCCACAGGAGGUUAUCAGUGGGCGGUUCUGCGAAUGCACCAACUUCCUUUGCGACCGAUACUUUGGACUUUUCUGUUCGGGGCCUGACCACGGUCAGUGCGUUUGCAACAAGUGUGAGUGCAAACCCGGAUGGUCAGGGGACGAUUGUUCGUGUGAUGACAGUGUUGAGAAUUGCAGGAACCCUCAGACGGGGGAAAUAUGCUCAAAUCAUGGAGUUUGUGCUUGCAAUAGCUGUCAGCAGUGCAAUGUGGUAGCGGUUGGGAGGUGUUCUGGCAGAUGGUGUGAAAACUGCCCAACCCCUCGCAGGAGGGGGGGAAGGCAGAGGGGGAGGCACAGAAGCAAAGAGGAGAGGAAGCAACGAAGAAGAGAAAGGAAACAAAGGAAGGAACAUAAAGACGAAGGUGAAGAACCAGCAGCUGUAUCAGAGUUGUGCCCCGUGGAUGCUCCCUGGGGACCGGAAGCCUUCGAUGACUCCUACUGCAAGGAAACAGAGGCAUCGCAGCCAUGCAGUGGUCGAGGAACCUGUGCAUGUGGAGAAUGUAGGUGCAAUGAAAGGACUGACCCAAAGGAGCUUGUUAGUGGGCAGUUCUGCGAAUGCACCAACUUCCUCUGUGAUCGAUACAACGGCGUUCUCUGUUCGGGGCCCGACCAUGGCGAAUGCAUUUGCAAUAAGUGUCAGUGCAAACCUGGAUGGGUAGGAGAAGCCUGUGAGUGUGAAGACAGUGUGGAGAACUGCAGGAACCCUGACACUGGAGAAAUUUGUUCAGGCCAAGGUAUCUGCGACUGCAAUGCGUGUAUAUGCAGUGCUACAGAAGAUGGGAGGUAUUCCGGCAGGUGGUGUGAGGACUGUCCAACCUGUAGAAGCAAAUGUUCUCAGUACAAAUCUUGUGUUCAAUGCCAGGCCUUUGGCACUGGUGAUUUAAGCGAAGAAGAGUGUAUGUUUCGGUGCACGUUAUUCAACUCUACAAUGGUGCAAGUUGCCAGAGAGGAAACAGAGGGAGACCGUUUAUGCACUUUCUUUGACGAGAAUGACUGCCGUUUCCACUUUACUUACGGCUAUGACGAAGACAGAGUCCCAGUUGUGCGAGUGCAGCAAACCCUCGAAUGUCCUCCGAGUGUUGGUGAUGAAACAGCUGUAUCAAAACAUCGGAAUCUAGCAGCUGAAUUAUGCCCCGUGGAUGCUCCCUGGGGACCGGAAGCCUUCGAUGACUCCUACUGCAAGGAAACAGAGGCAUCGCAGCCAUGCAGUGGUCGAGGAACCUGUGCAUGUGGAGAAUGUAGGUGCAAUGAAAGGACUGACCCACAGGAGCUUGUUAGUGGGCAGUUCUGCGAAUGCACCAACUUCCUCUGUGAUCGAUACAACGGCGUUCUCUGUUCGGGGCCCGACCAUGGCGAAUGCAUUUGCAAUAAGUGUCAGUGCAAACGUGGAUGGGUAGGAGAAGCUUGUGAGUGUGAAGACAGUGUGGAGAACUGCAGGAACCCUGACACUGGAGAAAUUUGUUCAGGCCAAGGUAUCUGCGGCUGCAAUGCGUGUAUAUGCGGUGCUAUAGAAGAUGCGAGAUGUUCUGGCAAGUGGUGUGAGGACUGUCCAACCUUUAGGAGCAAAUGUUCUCAGUACAAAUCUUGUGUUCAGUGCCAGGCCUUUGGCACUGGUGAUUUAAGCGAGGAAGAGUGCAUUCAUAAGUGCAAGAUAUUCAACUCCACAAUGGUUCAAGUUGCCAGAGAGGAAACAGCGGGAGACCUUUUAUGCGUCUUCUUUGACGAGAAUGACUGCCGUUUCUACUUUACUUACGGCUAUGACGAAGACAGAGUCCCAGUUGUGCGAGUGCAGCAAACCCUCGAAUGUCCUCCGAGUGUAGAUGAUGGAACAGGUUCCAGAGCUGUAUCAGAACGUCGGAAUCUAGCAGCUGAAUUAUGCCCCGUGGAUGCUCCCUGGGGACCGGAAGCCUUCGAUGACUCCUACUGCAAGGAAACAGAGGCAUCGCAGCCAUGCAGUGGUCGAGGAACCUGUGCAUGUGGAGAAUGUAGGUGCAAUGAAAGGACUGACCCACAGGAGCUUGUUAGUGGGCAGUUCUGCGAAUGCACCAACUUCCUCUGUGAUCGAUACAACGGCGUUCUCUGUUCGGGGCCCGACCAUGGCGAAUGCAUUUGCAAUAAGUGUCAGUGCAAACGUGGAUGGGUAGGAGAAGCCUGUGAGUGUGAAGACAGUGUGGAGAACUGCAGGAACCCUGACACUGGAGAAAUUUGCUCAGGCCAAGGUAUCUGCGACUGCAAUGCGUGUAUAUGCAGUGCUACAGAAGAUGGGAGGUAUUCCGGCAGGUGGUGUGAGGACUGUCCAACCUGUAGAAGCAAAUGUUCUCAGUACAAAUCUUGUGUUCAAUGCCAGGCCUUUGGCACUGGUGAUUUAAGCGAAGAAGAGUGUAUGUUUCGGUGCACGUUAUUCAACUCUACAAUGGUGCAAGUUGCCAGAGAGGAAACAGAGGGAGACCGUUUAUGCACCUUCUUUGACGAGAAUGAGUGUCGCUUCUACUUUGUUUAUGGCUAUGACGAAGACAGAGUCCCAGUUGUGCGAGUGCAGCAAACCCUCGAAUGUCCUCCGAGUGUUGGUGAUGGAACAGGUUCCAGAGCUGUAUCAGAACGUCGGAAUCUAGCAGCUGAGUUGUGCCCCGUGGAUGCUCCCUGGGGACCGGAAGCCUUCGAUGACUCCUACUGCAAGGAAACAGAGGCAUCGCAGCCAUGCAGUGGUCGAGGAACCUGUGCAUGUGGAGAAUGUAGGUGCAAUGAAAGGACUGACCCACAGGAGCUUGUUAGUGGGCAGUUCUGCGAAUGCACCAACUUCCUCUGUGAUCGAUACAACGGCGUUCUCUGUUCGGGGCCCGACCAUGGCGAAUGCAUUUGCAAUAAGUGUCAGUGCAAACCUGGAUGGGUAGGAGAAGCUUGUGAGUGUGAAGACAGUGUGGAGAACUGUAGGAACCCUGACACUGGAGAAAUUUGCUCAGACCAAGGUAUCUGCGACUGCAAUACGUGUAUAUGCAGUGCUACAGAAGAUGGGAGGUAUUCCGGCAGGUGGUGUGAGGACUGUCCAACCUGUAGAAGCAAAUGUUCUCAGUACAAAUCUUGUGUUCAAUGCCAGGCCUUUGGCACUGGUGAUUUGAGCGAAGAAGAGUGUACGUUUCAGUGCACGUUAUUCAACUCUACAAUGGUGCAAGUUGCCAGAGAGGAAACAGAGGGAGACCGUUUAUGCACCUUCUUUGACGAGAAUGACUGCCGUUUCCACUUUACUUACGGCUAUGACGAAGACAGAGUCCCAGUUGUGCGAGUGCAGCAAACCCUCAAAUGUCCUCCGAGUGUUGGGAGUGGAACAGACGCCUCCUGCGACCGCUCCCAGUGCCCUUGGUCGAGAUGGUCUCAUUACUUGGCCAAGAAAUGUCAGCCUCUCUAUGACAAGGGGUUUUGCUGCCCGACUGGCUUCUCGUGUCCCCAGGAGACACAGCUGAUGCAGGACUCGACUAGGUGUUUCUACAGAGGGUCCUUUUACCAACCUGGAGAAGAAGUACCCGUAGGAAAUGCCUGUCUUGGCACUUGUCACUGUGUAGUUGAUGCUUUGCCCGAUAUUAAGUGCCAAAUCGAGUGCCAAGACAUGGAUCAGCCUGGGCCAGGAUGCCGUCACCUGUUCAAGCCAGGUGCAUGCUGUCCAUAUGCCCAAGACUGUGAAGAAGAAAAAAAAUCUCCCCGGGACCUAGGAGACACGGUGACCUGUUCUUGGGAGAAUAAAACAUACCUCGAAGGUGACCGGAUGACCUCGUUUGACCUCCCGUGCCAAGCAUGUGUGUGUACUUCCGCUUUCACUAACGCUGCAGGGUAUGGCUGUUACAACGUGGAUUGUGGGCUAGAGCGGUAUAUUUCAAAGUUGCAAAGUGGCUGCACUCCAAUUUACUCCGAGAAAAAGUGCUGCCCGACUGACUGGCUGUGUCCCGGUGACCCACGCAUCUCCCGGUCAUCGAUCAGCAAAGCGAUUCAGAAACAAAUAGCUCCUACCCAGUCCACGUGCCGCCUCGGUGACCUGACCAUUGAAAUCGGGUCGAAGGUCAAGAUCAGAGGAAGGCAGGUCAUUUGCAGGUGUGUCACUCCGCCUGACCUGACCUGCGUUCGAUACAGGUCACGCGCGGAGGCUCAGGAGCAUUCCAGAAUUAAGAAAGCAACCUGUGCAACACCGUCUUGCGUCCCCGGGUGCACCUUAGUCGUGAACGAAGCAACGCGAUGUUCAGAAUGUUCUUGCACAAUGAACACUUUUAUCUGCAACGAGGAGGAAUGUCCAGGGAAUUGCAGAUACGGUAUCAACAUCAACUUAGGCUGCCCAAUUUGUACCGAUUGUGUGUGACGUUCUUCGUUUUCGUUUUCCUUUUAUUAUUUGUAUCAUUAUUAAAAAAAAAAAUGUAAUGUGAAUGUACUUUUGUGUGUUAUAGUUCUUUCUGUAUUAUUUCUUAAGUUGUGGGAGAUAAUGAUGUCAUGGAUAUACCAAUAAAAUGUACUUAUUAAUAAUCAAAUAUCCUCCGAUACAAAUGAAACUUUUAGGGAAAUGAGCGAGUAUUAAUAAAGCAUAUAAAGUCAA